CUAGCUUGGUUUAGACCGCAAACUAGUGAAUAUAUUACGGUCUCUUUCUGUCUCUGCUUCCUUAAGUGCACAUGUCCAGCUCUGGUUGACACGAGGUUUUCUCCUAAUUAUCUGGAUGGUUUUUGGAACAUCAGUCAUCAACGUGUAGUGAACAAUGAACACCGUUGGCUUUUUGAAGUCUCAGUUUCUUUGCCAUUUGUUCAUCAGCUAUGUGUUUAUUGGGACUGGACUAAUAGUGAACUUUAUUCAACUUUUUACACUUCUUAUCUGGCCUUUUAACAAGCAGCUCUACCGGAAGAUCAACUGCAGACUGUCAUACUGCAUUUCAAGUCAAUUGGUUAUGUUAUUGGAGUGGUGGUCAGACACAGAUUGCACACUCUAUUCAGAUCCGCAAAGCUACACCAAAUAUGGCAAAGAGAACGCUAUUGUAAUUCUAAAUCACAACUUUGAAAUUGACUUUCUCUGUGGGUGGAACUUUUGUGAGAGAUUUGGUGUCUUAGGGAGUUCCAAAGUUUUAGCAAAGAAGGAACUGUCCUUUGUUCCUGUGAUUGGCUGGAUGUGGUACUUUCUAGAGAUUGUAUUCUGCAAACGAAAAUGGGAAGAAGAUAGAAAAACUGUUAUGCAAGGUUUACGUAAUCUUAGGGAUUACCCUGAACAUUUUUGGUUUCUUAUUCAUUGUGAGGGAACACGCUUCACAGAGAAAAAACAUGUAAUCAGCAUGCAAGUAGCAGAAACAAAAGGCCUUCCAAAGUUAAAGCACCAUCUACUUCCCAGGACUAAAGGAUUUGCCAUCACUGUUCAAAGUUUGAGAAAUGUAGUUACUGCUGUGUAUGACUCAACCUUAAAUUUCCGAGAUAAUGAAAAUCCAACCUUACUUGGAGUUUUAAAUGGGAAGAAGUACCAUGCAGAUCUAUUUGUAAGGCGAAUUCCAUUAGAAGAAAUCCCAGAAGAUGAGCAAGAAUGUGCCUCUUGGCUACACAAACUCUAUCAGGAAAAAGAUGCUUUUCAGGAAGAGUAUUACAAAACAGGAGUCUAUCCUGGCACAGCUAUUGUUCCGCCACGUAGACCAUGGACUCUCCUAAACUGGCUAUUUUGGGCAUCAAUAUUGUCAUUUCCCUUAUUCAAAUAUGUAGCAAGCCUGAUCAGCAGUGGGUCAUACCUAACAUUGGCUAUCUUUGCACUACUGAUGAUAAUUGUGUCCAUGGUGGUACGGAAGAUGAUAGGAGUAACUGAAAUAGACAGAGGUUCAACUUAUGGCAAUCCCGAAAACCGGAGGAAACAGACCUAGGCGUUAUAGACAACAAAGGGAAGCUUUUUUGGACAUUACUCUGUUUCAACUGACGAGACAGUACUCUACAAUGCCAAGGAACUCUGAUAAUUGAAAGUCACACGUAUGAACCAGGAAUGGUCAGGGCAACUGAUCUGUUUUAACAAGAAAUUGUAAACUUUGGCAAUUUCCAUGCAGUGGAUUCUGUUUAUAAUAUGGGAAGAAAAGAAAAAAAGUCACACUGCUUCAGUGCUUGACACUCUUCUAGACAAAUAAAUAAAUCUUUACUCAACGUUGUAGCUUGAUUACUGCUACUUUCAUUUCACAUAUACACAUAUAUUUUAGCAAUGGUUU